UAUCAAAGCGGUGGCUGACCAGGGAUCCAGACUUGCUAUGUUCCGGCUUAUCUUCGUCUAUGUGUGUACAAAUUACUUCGUUUGGUAAAUGGAGGAACACUUACCUUCCUCACAUCAGCUGUGUUUUGUUGGAAAAUCAUAAAAGUCUUUGGUGAAUUAGCCCUGAGUGUAACGAGGUAACGCCGGGGCUAGCGUCUCAUACCGCUGAAGUUAGCUUGUUCAGCAAGCUAGUGUCAGACUGCAGACGUAUGCGAGCAGAGAGGAAAUCGGCGAAAUGAGUGAACCAACUACAAGGUACCGACCAGCUUAACCGUCGUCUGCAUCAGUCCAGUGUUGGAAUGAGGAGUACCAGAGUUCAGCUCUGAGGGUUCAGAGGGAUGAACUCAGUUUCCCCCAGCGCAGCACAGUACGUCGGGGGAGUGAUGCAGGAUGAGCUGGUGGAAAGUCGGAGGCAGCAGCCCCCAGAGCGCCAGAACAGCUUUGGACUCAGGCUGCCUCAAACUCCAGACACCAGCAGAGAGGCAACCAGAGAGCCAGAUGAGAUGGACAGACUCAAAGCCAAAAUGAUGUCAGCAUGGAACAACGUCAAAUAUGGUUGGACUGUUAAGUCUAAAACCUCCUUUAACAAGAUAUCACCAGUCACUAUCCUGGGACAUUCUUAUCUGCUCAACAGUGAAGACGAGGUGGAGCGGUUCCGUCUGGCUUUUGUGUCGAGGAUCUGGCUGACCUACAGGAGGGAUUUCCCUCAGCUGGAGGGCUCCACCUGGACUACAGACUGUGGCUGGGGCUGCAUGCUGCGCAGUGGGCAGAUGCUGCUGGCACAGGGGCUCCUGGUCCAUUUGAUGCCCAGAGAUUGGGCUUGGCCAGAUGCUCAGCAGCUAACUGAUGUGGACUUUGAAGUAUUCCGACCACGGUCCCCGGCUCGGGCCGGAGGGGUCCCCAUCCCUUCCUUUGGUUCUCCGCGAGGAUCCAACACCCCUGAGAAGUCCCUGUCAAGCAGUCAGGCAUCCAGAUGUGGCCAGAAGAAAUGGCCUGAGUCUGUAAAGGACCGGCAAGCAGAACCCAUCCACCACAAGCUUGUCACCUGGUUUGGGGAUCAACCCUUGGCACCUUUCGGUGUUCACCAGCUGGUGGAAAUUGGCAAAGGUUCGGGGAAGAAGGCUGGUGACUGGUACGGCCCCUGUAUAGUGGCACACAUACUACGGAAAGCUGUUGCAAAAACCUCUGUGGUCCAAAACCUGGCUGUUUAUGUGGCUCAGGAUUGUACAGUGUACAGAGAGGACGUGGUGCGUCUGUGUGAUCUGUCACUAAGCCAGACUGUCCCUGAUCCAUCCAGCCAAGCCUGGAAGUCUGUCAUCAUACUGGUGCCUGUUCGGCUGGGAGGGGAGGCCCUCAACCCGUCCUACAUUGAAUGUGUCAAGAACAUUCUAAAGCUGGAUUGUUGUAUUGGGAUAAUUGGAGGAAAACCGAAGCAUUCGCUCUACUUCAUUGGCUUUCAAGAUGAGCAACUGCUGUAUCUGGACCCUCACUACUGCCAGCCGAUGAUUGAUGUCACACAGGUCAACUUUUCACUGGAGUCGUUCCACUGUAGCUCUCCCAAAAAGAUGCCCUUCAACCGCAUGGAUCCCAGCUGCACGAUCGGCUUUUACGCCAAGAACAAGAAAGACUUUGAGUCUCUAUGUUCUGCUGUUAGCAUGGCUCUGUCAUCAUCCAAGGAGAAGUACCCCGUCUUUACCUUUGUAGAGGGCCAGAGUCAGGACUAUGGACUUGAAGGUCACAGCAGCAACCACAGCGGACCUGCAGCUCACAUCCUUCCUCCGGGCAAACUGGGCAGGAGUAACAACAGAAGUAACAGUGAUGAGUUUGUCUUCCUUUAAGGCUCUGAGGAAGAUGCUCUCCCAGCUGCCACCUAUAGGAGGCAGACAUAGACACUUGAUUUUGUUUAAAAGAGAGACACGACUCUGUUGAGGGUGUACCUGCAGGCUGGAUAUUGCUCUUUAGUGUGUCUCCCUCAUCACCUCUGUGUGGGUGACAAUUAAAAGCUAACAGGCAUUAAUGAGUACUGGCUGGAGCACUGCUUCACUGGUCGUUUCAUCAAACAUCUAAAACCCUCACAGUCAAGCAAAAUUACACUCGACAGAAGAUCUUCUUAAUAUUUAAUGCGCUCACUGGUCAGGUGGGGGGGGCUGCCUCAUAUAGAUCUUGACUUGUAUAUUAUGCCAUCUGCUGUACAUCUCGUUUUUAUCUUUCAUUCUUUACAUUUAUUUAUCAGGUUUAUGAAUGUGUGUUUGCGAAUGUGAGUGAUGGGUUAGUGUAAUUUAUUUGUUUAGUCUUUAAUUGUACAGAUGCAUUGAGGAGUCCAUCACGUUGCACCCCAAAAAAGGUUCAGAUUCUUCCAGGAGCGUCCUGAACGGAUGUGAAUUCAUUGUAGUUUGGCUGAAAUCACACGAAUGACCCUUGGGCCUCAAUUCCAAACACCCGCAGCUUUGGCUCUUUAUUAUUUAUCAUUUAGAAACAUAAAACACUCUAAAAAAAAAUCUGCUAUUACAUUGUUCCUGCUGCUUAAAGAGCUACUACUACCACGUUCAGGUGUGAAGAGAAAUGAUCCCCUUCAGCUGGAGUUGGACGUCUGUCUUUACCUGUUUGACUCCCUCAUGAAGCAGGAUUACAGAGUGACCUGGAUACUUUUGCAAAGUAAAAACUAAAACAGCUCUCUUUAUUUAAGUACGAGUAAGUUCUACGUUUUAUUUUGCAAAGUUAUACAGCCAAGUAAAUAAGACCAACUCAAGCUCAAUAGAGUUCGAUCUUUAAACUUCAGUUGCAAUGUGAGUGUGUUUUGUUUGUCCCUUUUUUUACAUGAAGGCUACUACUGGAAGUUGCACUACUACUGUUAUUGAGUUUAUUGUCCUGAUUAAACUUCAAACACUGGAAUUCCA